AUGUUAACAUUAUUUUCUGUCAAUUGUUUAAGCCUUAAUAGUGAUGGUAUCUUCAGUAAAGUUUAUAAUAGCAAAAUUAUAAACAUCUAUGCCAGUGGAUCAUCAAAACAAUACAUCAACGGUUCAAGACAAAUUACAAAGCCAGAGUACGCAAUUUAUCCAUGGGAUAAGACAUACGACUGGUGUUCUAAUUGUGCUCAUACAUAUUUUGAGCAUCCUUAUAUUACUUUUUCACUUCAAUCCAGAAAAAUCAAAAUAAAAGGAUACUUUAUUAGAUCUGGCUGCUGCUACGAAGAGGGGUGCUGCUGCGAAGACGAAUUCUACCAUAGAUGUUUUGAUUGCUGCUUGUAUUCUUGGUCAUUGCAAAUUUCCGAUGACAAUGUCACAUGGAAGGACGUCCACAAAGUCGAGAAGGAUAAAGAAAUGAGGUUGUGCAAGGAGAAAAGCUAUGAAUUAGAUAACACUUACACUACAACUUACGUCAGAAUAAUUCAAAAUGCUCCAUGUCCAGGAUAUCCUCCAUGCAUAGCAAUAAAUAAAUUCGAUAUAUUCGGAGAAGUCGUUGGCGAACAAGUCGAAGAAGAUUUUGUUUCUUACCACGAUGAUGACGAAGAUGAUGUAAGUAUUAUCGGACAUAUAUCACGAAACAACGUAAAAAGCGAAUAG